GGACGGCUGACCUUCCAGAAUGUGGCCAUAGACUUCACUCAAGAGGAGUGUGAAUGCCAGGACCUCAGUCAGCGGGACUUGUACAGGGACGUGAUCCUAGAGAACUACAGGAACCUGGCCUGUUUGGGACUUGUAGUCACUGGGCUGAAUCUGGUCACCUUUCUGGAGCAACUGAACAAUCCCAGGACUAUAAGGAGAAUAGAGACAACAGCCAUAUACCCAGGUGUGUCUCCUCAAGACACCUGUGAUUUGAUGCCACAGAAACCAAGGAUAAAAGAUCUGUAUCCAAAAGCAAAUCUAGGAAUAUAUGAAAUAUUUCACCUCAGAAAUUUCAAUUUAAUAAAACACUGGGAAUAUAGGAGGGCAUACGAAAGACAGACAUGUUUAUAUGGACAUAAAAAAAUUGAGACAGUGACACAUAAGGGAAAUAUUGCAAAAAGAAAUGAGCAACAUGAGUCAAAUUUUGGAAAACACCAAUUUCAGUCUUUAAUAUCUGCUGAGAAGU